UGUGGAUCGCGGACACGCUACGUGAAGGGGAACAAUGGACACAACGCACACACAUACGGCAGAAGAGAAAAGCAGGCAUUCUGAGGAAGAGCGGCUGAACAGACUAGGAUGCUGGGAAUGUAAGACUGUAAUGACUCUAUUGAGAAGUAAGCAUCGCAACGUUCAAUACGAAAGGAUGACAGGAGUGUUGAGACCUAGCAAACAGAAACCCAACAUGAAGUGUUCUCGAAACGAACUUAACAGGAUUUUUGAUUACCACCAUGUUCCGAUCUCCAUGACAACCAUCCCUUGUGACUUCACUCCUUCUCAACGGCCGUGUUCAUCUCCCUCCGAGUCUUUUGCAGUCGUGCGGCGAAGCAGAGACAAAUCAAUGAGCAGACAUAAGUCAAGGAACAGAGGACCCCAGCUAAGAAUGGAGGAGUUGUUGUGCAUUAAGAAAGAACUGAUAGCGAUUAAAUCACAAAUAGAUGAACUUCUGGGCAGUCUAGAGCAGAUGGACCCACAAAGCCAAGAGCCAUCAGGAGACUGUGUGGCAUACUCUCCACUCCAUGGCUCUGUAAGCAGUGUGGACGGGUCUUCAUGUAGCCCUCCUCCCCUGAGGACAGACCUAGAGACACACAGUCCACAGACAGCAGACAGCUGUGAUGAAGACAGACAGCAUGUUAGUCAAUCAGAUUUGUUCUACAUGUAAAGACUGAUUUUCAGAUUGCAAUUGCAGAGAUCACGUUAUGUUGGGGAAAGUCACAGGAUCUGUAAUAAUGGUGUAAAGAGAUGUUUGGAUAAUUUCCACCUCAGCUUUGAUCUGUUGAAAUUGUCAUCAUAUAAACCGAACAUGACCCCAGAGCUGAAUGAGUUCAAUAUAUCAACUUGUAUCAUCGUGUGCUCAGCUGUUAAA